GAACUGUGAAGAUAAGUUUAUAGUGCUUGGGCUAAAAUAAUAAAUAAUUAAAUUUCACACAUCUCAAUAAACGGUGUCGUCAUCAUUCCGGUUUCUUCUUCUUGAUCGCUUUACUUAUAAAUCAUUUUAUCUCUAAAUUCAUUUCAACUGUCUCUGUUUUUUCCUUGUAAUAUAAUUUCAUUCUCAAACGAAAUCCAAUAUGCAGCGAAGUGCUGAACGAAUCGCCACCAUCUCAGCCCAUCUUAACCCUCCUCCUUCUUCUCACCAGAUGGAGGGAUUGAGCGCAGCUAACUGCAGGGCGAAAGGGGGUUCUCCGGGGUUCAAAGUUGCGAUCUUGGGUGCUGCAGGAGGUAUUGGUCAGCCACUUGCAAUGCUUAUGAAGAUGAAUCCUUUGGUUUCGGUUCUGCAUCUUUAUGAUGUUGCAAAUACCCCUGGUGUAACUGCUGAUAUUAGCCACAUGGAUACUGGUGCUGUGGUUCGUGGUUUUCUAGGACCUCAACAAUUAGAAGAUGCUCUCACUGGCAUGGACCUUGUAAUAAUCCCUGCUGGUGUUCCUAGAAAACCAGGCAUGACAAGAGAUGAUCUUUUCAACAUAAAUGCAGGAAUCGUGAAGACUUUAUGUGAAGGAAUUGCAAAGUGCUGUCCUAAGGCCAUUGUCAAUAUAAUUAGUAAUCCUGUAAACUCUACAGUACCAAUUGCUGCAGAGGUUUUCAAGAUGGCUGGCACCUUUGAUCCCAGGAGACUUUUAGGUGUCACUAUGCUUGAUGUCGUCAGAGCCAAUACUUUUGUGGCUGAAGUUUUGGGGCUUGAUCCUAGGGAAGUGGAUGUUCCAGUUGUCGGGGGCCAUGCUGGUGUUACAAUUCUACCUCUUCUUUCCCAGAUUAAGCCUCCUUGUUCUUUUACCCCAGCGGAAACUGAACAUUUAACAUCUCGUAUACAAAAUGGUGGAACUGAGGUCGUUGAGGCAAAAGCUGGUGCUGGUUCGGCAACUCUCUCUAUGGCAUAUGCUGCGGUUAAAUUUGCUGAUGCAUGUUUGCAUGGAUUGAGAGGAGAUGCUGCUAUUAUUCAAUGUGCCUUUGUGUCUUCCCAGGUGACUGAACUUCCAUUUUUUGCAUCAAAAGUACGGCUUGGGCGUAGCGGAGUUGAAGAGAUAUUCCCCCUUGGUCCCCUAAAUGAAUACGAGAGGACUGGGCUUGAGAAGGCAAAGAAAGAGCUGGCAACAAGUAUCCAGAAGGGCGUCGGGUUUGUCAAGAAAUGAGCAGACAACUAAGUGACUUCCAAAAGAUGCUUUUCUUUUUUUGUUGGCCAUACAUCUCAUAUCUCCAGUUUCAGAAAAAUAAGAUACUCCUGUUUCUUUGUUGUAUUGAAGGCAAAUCUUGUUCUACUUUCUACAGAUAUGCCUCGAGUGCAGAAAAUAAACGUAGUAUCUGGUCAUGUAGAACAAACUUGCAAGUAUUACUCCCUCUAGUUCAUAAUAAUUAAAUUUUUGUGCUUUUUUUUUUUCAA